UAAUUCCCCGGAUGUACCACACUUGAAAUGGCGUCUGUGUACAGCAGCUAUAAACGCAUUGGCUCCUGCACACUCCCCAAGCAGUCAAAGCCCACAAAACCCUAGCUCCUUCCAUUUCAACCAUGGCUUCCAUGUCUUCAAGCUCUCUCAGGCCCUUCUUUCGCCCCGUCACCACUGAUCUCAACGACCGCGGUUUAACGUCGAGGGACUUUUUGGUAGGUUUUGGGUUCAAUAAAUUGGCAGCUUUUGAGGGGAACCGGUUGGUUGGGAGAUCAUUCAAACUGAGUUGUUCGAUGGACAGAGAAAUGGAUGUUAAAACAUCAGCUUUGGUUGACGGUGUUGCAGAGUGCUUAAAUGAAGUGGAGGUGAAGGAGCCAAGUAUUUCAACAAUGCUGCUGAAUUUUGAGAACAAGUCUGAUCCUUACGAAGCAAUGAGCACACCACUUUACCAAACAGCUACUUUUAAGCAGCCUUCAGCUACAGAAAAUGGCCCCUAUGAUUAUACCAGGAGUGGGAAUCCUACACGGGAUGCUCUAGAAAGCCUUCUGGCGAAGCUUGAUAAAGCAGAUCGAGCAUUUUGCUUCACUAGUGGAAUGGCUGCUUUGGCUGCUGUUUCUCAUCUUGUUGGAACUGGUGAGGAAAUUGUUGCUGGAGAUGACCUGUAUGGUGGUUCUGAUCGGUUGCUGUCAAAAGUAAUUCCAAAAAAAGGAAUAGUGGUGAAGCGAGUAAAUACAACUGAUUUGGAUGAGGUUUUGGCUGCCAUUGGACCAAGCACAAAGCUUGUGUGGCUGGAGAGUCCGACCAACCCUCGACUGCAAAUAUCUGAUAUUAGAAAAAUAGCAGAGAUGACUCAUGCACACGGUGCUCUUCUGUUGGUGGAUAAUAGUAUAAUGUCCCCUGUAUUGUCACAACCCUUGACACUUGGAGCAGAUAUUGUUAUGCACUCGGCUACAAAAUUUAUUGCUGGACAUAGUGAUCUAAUGGCAGGUGUGCUUGCUGUGAGAGGGGAAAGCUUGGCAAAAGACUUGUAUUUCCUACAAAAUGCAGAAGGCUCUGGGUUAGCUCCAUUUGACUGUUGGAUCUGUUUAAGAGGAAUUAAGACAAUGGCAUUACGAGUUGAAAAGCAACAGGAGAAUGCUCAAAAGAUUGCUGAAUUUCUUGCGUCCCAUCCACGAGUGAAGAAAGUUUACUAUGCCGGUCUUCCUGAUCAUCCUGGACAUGGCUUGCAUUAUUCUCAGGCAAAGGGUGCAGGGUCUGUGCUUAGCUUUUUAACGGGUUCACUUGCACUCUCAAAGCAUAUUGUUGAGACUACCAAGUACUUCAGCAUAACUGUUAGUUUUGGGAGUGUGAAGUCCCUCAUAAGCAUGCCCUGCUUUAUGUCCCAUGCAAGCAUACCAGCUGAAGUGCGUGAGGCCAGAGGUUUAACUGAAGAUCUUGUUCGUAUUUCAGUGGGGAUCGAGGAUGUGAGUGAUUUAAUUGCUGAUUUAGACAAUGCACUUAGAACGGGGCCUCUGUAAGGGAAACCUGAAACACCUUCAAAUAUUAACAUAUGGUUCUCAUGCUAGUAGGGCUAGUCUGGAUUGUUCUGAAAAAUUACUUUUCAGGUGCUUUUUUGAUACGUAUCCCAUAUUUGAGAGAAAAAUUGCAGCUGUAAAUGCUAUAGUAUUUUGGAAAUAUCCAAGGCAACAAUAUUGUGGAAACUCUUCCUUCCACCAAUCCAUAUCUCAAAUCAUUGAAUACUGUGAAAUAUAAUAUGACCAUGAAAUAAUUUUUCUAUUUCACUUGAAAUGGAGAAUCUUGUUCUUGCCAA